UAUUAGAACAACAUAGGAGUAGGAGUAGCGUUAGAUUUUAGGUGGCAUGCUAAUGCAGUGAAUCAUCUCUUUUGGUUUUUUUCUAUAACCGCAAAACUUACAAAUACCUUUUUUUUUCUUCAUCUUCAUUGCAGUAUUGCACAUAGUAUUAGGGGUUUUGAAGCAAUUCGCCUCGAAGGUUUUGUUUGGCGCUGGUUAUCUAGUCCGAUUGUGUCAGCUUGCAUCUUGUGAACUUUCACUGCUGCUUGUGUCAAUUUAGAUGGCCAGCUUCCCAGCCUUUGUCAACGAAAAUGAUAUAGCAAAGGCCCGGUCAAUAGGAGAUCUCUUAACACCGGCUGCCCCUUUUGACCAAAAGUCUGGCCGGGAGACGUGGACUGUUGCUUUUGCCCCAGAUGGUUCUUACUUUGCUUGGUCUCAGGGUCAUCGUAUAGUGAAGCUUGUUCCUUGGUCCCAGUGCCUCAGCAGCUUCUUACUAGUUGGAAACAGUGUCAACAAUGUUGCAAACAGAAGACUGUCUCGACAGAACAGUGAUGGACAGCAAAAGAAUGUUCCUCGGGAGCACACAAUAGACUGUGGGGAUAUUGUCUGGGGCCUGGCAUUUGGCUCCUCUGUGCCUGAGAAACAAAGUCGAUGUGUUAACAUAGAAUGGCAUCGGUUCAAGUUUGGUCAAGACCAACUUCUGCUCGCUACUGGACUUAACAAUGGCAGAAUCAAGAUCUGGGAUGUUUAUACAGGCAAACUACUGCUAAAUUUAAUGGAUCACACUGAAAUAGUCCGUGAUCUAACAUUUGCUCCAGAUGGCAGUCUCAUUUUGGUGUCUGCAUCACGAGAUAAGACAUUGAGAGUUUGGGAUCUUAAAGAUGAUGGAAACAUGAUGAAAGUUCUCAGGGGUCACCCAAGCUGGGUGUAUUCCUCUUCCUUCUCCCCUGAUUCCUCAAUUUUGUGCUCUGUUGGAGCCAAUAAAGCAGUGUUCUUAUGGGAUAUGGACAAAUAUACAAUGAUUCGUAAACUGGAAGGCCAUCACAAUGAUGUUGUUUGUUGUGAAUUUUCUCCUGAUGGUGCCUUAUUGGCUACUGCUUCCUAUGACACACGUGUUAUUGUCUGGGAUCCUCAUAUUGGUGUUGUAUUAUUGGAGUUGGGACACCUUUUCCCUCCUCCAACUCCAAUAUUUGCUGGAGGUGCCAAUGAUCGGUGGGUGAGGUCAGUCUCCUUUUGUCACGAUGGCCUUCAUAUUGCAAGCAUUUGUGAUGAUCGGAUGGUGAGGUUCUGGAGCAUUGAUGAGACCUCUCCUCAAGCAGUUGCACCUCUGAGCAAUGGUUUGUGCUGUGCCUUUUCAACUGAUGGUAGCGUUUUAGCUGCUGGGACUCGUGAUGGCAGUGUUCACUUUUGGGCAACUCCACGGAAAAUAUCUAGCCUCCAGCAUCUGUGCCGAAUGUCACUUAGAAGAGUGUUAUCUACACAAGAGGUUGAGAAACUGCCUGUCCCGUCAAGAAUGGUGCAAUUUCUGUCUUACAGGAUUAUUUAAGUUUUUAAGCCAGUGGAGUUCCAAGUUGAUCAAAGAAAAUUGUGCCGAACAUAUUGUUACAUUUUUAUUUGUGUAUAUGUUUGUACAUAGAGUUUAAAGCACUUGUAAUUUAAAUAAAAAUACAAAUAGUGUUGGAACUUGACAAUGUCAAGCAUUGUAAAGAUGGUCAUGAAAUUCUUACUUUUGAGGUGGCCUUUUCAGAUCUUGGAGAUCUCUUCAGGUUUUUUGAAUUUUUUUUAUAGUGUUUCGUUUUUUUGUUUUGAACAUGCUUAAAAUAUAUUCAUUUAAGAUGGUUAUCAAAGUCGAAACACAAUUGGACUAUAAUGUCUCUAUGGAUUAUCAUAUCAAACAUUUUUGUUUACUUAUAUUUAUGUUAACUUGUAAGUGUUUUUUUUUUCUGGUUUAAAGCUGUACUGAGCUGUAAAUAUUUUUGCAAGAGCUUUGGAUAAUUAUGUGAUAAUAGUUUGGAUGAUAUUUGGUCAUGCUUCUGCAAAGCUGCUCCUACAAUUGGAAGUAAGUGGGAUAGUCAUGUUGUGGCCGUUAACACCUAGUGAGCCUCACACCUUCACUUGCACAGCCCAAAAGGCACCCCCACCCCCACAACCUCCUGCAAAAAAACAUCUAGUGGUUUAUGUGAAGGAUUUAACUUUCGUUUUUUUCCUUUAUGCUGGUACCAAAGAAGUUUUCUUGGCAGCAAAACAGUGUUUGGAUGAAAUGUGUAAAUGGUCAUCUGCAUUUACUUAGGAGGAUAGUUGUUUCAGCUAGUAAUUCCAUAUCUUGCUUUAAACUUCAGAGCUUAAUAUGUAUUUAAAAAAAGAAAA